UUUUGUUUAUCGCAACCCUCGUCUCGUCUACCUGCGAGCUCCUGGCUUAUCGUUCAUCCGAGCUCUUGUCGUUCCCUUGUCCUUGAGGGCAGCGACGGCAACAUGGCGUCCUACCGCCCUGAUGAUGCUAGGGGCGAAUUGAUGCGCGUUCGCCGUGACAUCGCCAAUGUUGAGAACCAACUUACUGUAGUCUGUAGGGAAGUAGAGUCUGCAGCUGAGCUCGGUGAUAAGGAGCGAGUUAGCGAUUGCCGUCACAUUCGGAACUGCUUGUGGAAGGAGAAAGAGCAGUUGCGAAUUCAAGAGACUAUUUUUCUCAGGAUCUUGUUUUCGGACUCUCCUCUCACUGGUGGCUCUACUCUCACGAUUACAUCAGGAAUUCCUCCUGUUGGAGCUCACCAGCAGCAGUUGCAGACCGACUCAAGGAAUCAGCAGCCGUAUCAGCAGCACCAACAACCCCCUCAGCAGCAACAUCUUCAGCAGCAGCAACAUCAUUUGUCACAACUAGGAUGUCAGCCUCUCACAGCAUGUGGAACCCCGGCCGAUUAUCUGCAGCCUCAGCAGAUGGCGUCUGCUGCUUCGCUUAUGCCGCCGUCUCUUGUGCCUGCAUCUCCAGCGCUGAAGCCAUCUCAACCACCAGGGCAAGGAAAAAGAAACCGCAGGAUGCUUUCCCCGCCUCCUGGUGGACCAGGAGGUCCAGGAGGCCAGCUUUUGCUCGGUGCUGGGAGCACUCCUGGUGGAUUUGAAGCGGACCUUGUUAACCCUGAAGGAUAUGAAGUGAAUCGCAGCUCCGAGAGCAAGGUCAUUGAUGUUUGGACGGAAUGGAAGGAUGGCAUUAACGGUGGCCCGUCUAUUGAAAAGCUUGAAGAAGCACGGAAGCGCGAUCGCAAAUGCGUUUGGUGGAGGCAUAAGAACGACUACAAGUAUUGGAGCAAGCAGAUGCGCAUUAUUCACGCUAUUGAGAAGAAGGCUGCCGAGCUCGGUGGAAGCCUGGACGCUGCGAUUCGUUACUGGGAAGAAAUCUUGCGUGUGGAGUUUGAAGGCAGCAUUUCCAAGCUGCGAGAAGCCCUUGGCGGUGAGAAGGCGGUUCCUGGUGGUGCCGAUGGCCGUGAGCCUGGUUCGGGCAUUACUGAGAUGAGCAGCUUCAAAAGGCAUCGGAAGGAGCUGCUUCAGAAGGCAGUUGAGAGGAUGAAACACUGGCCUGAGCAGCAGCAGCUGCUUAUGAAUCAGCAGCAGCAGCAGCAGCAGCAGCAGGAUCAGCAGCAAGUUCAGCAGGUUCAGCAGCAGCAGCAGCAGCAGAUGCUGGAUCAGCAACAACAGCAGCACCAAAUGAUGGCUGAGGAGGCCGUCCAAGAGGGAGUGCAGGAGCAGCCCUUGGCAAUGCAGCAGCCACAUCCACAGGCUAUCACUCAAAUGUCUUGAAUUUGCUUUUGCAUCUGUUUUCUAUAUCUGAUUUUGGCUAGCAUCUUGCUGGUCACCAGCUCUAUUUCACCUUUCCUGUUUUUUUUUUUGUGGACCAUUGAACCUUGUAUUUUGCGUUUGCGAUA